UGAUUUUCAAUGUUAUUGAAAUACAUAAUUUAUCUUUAUGAGUUACAUAUUAGUUUCAUAUUGUAGAAAAUUCUACAAAAGUUGUACAGUAUGUAUCUUGAAAGUGACAGUGAGAAUAGCAGACCAGCAACUCCAUCGGAGGAAGAUUGCUGUCAUAAUGCAUGUGACCCUUGCAUUUUCGAUAUACAUAAAAAGCUACUUGAAGAAUAUUACAGAAGAAAAAAGCAAAAUGUAAAAAUACAAAAUAAAGAAAAUCUAUUGUGUCCAUAUUUAUACAAAAACUUUGUAGUCACUAAUAUAAAGGAGAUUUCUGAUGGUUACAUUCUACUUUUUCUGAAAUAUCAAGAAAACAAUUCGAGCAAUAAUAAGAAAAUAUUAAUUUAUCCAGGGCAACAUGUUAUGUUACAUCUAAAUGACAUUACCAAACCAUUCACACCAAUUUCUUUUACAGAUGAUAGUAUUGAAUUUUUAAUUAGACUUUAUCUUAAUGGAAAAUUUAGUACUCAUUUAAGAAAUAUAACAGUUGGUCAUCAAAUUAAUGUAAGAGGACCUUAUGGAGAUCUUAAAUAUGAGUGUAACAGUUUUCAGAAAAUUAUCAUGUUUACUAUGGGAUCUGGAAUAACAGCAGUUUAUUCUCUAGCAAAUUCAAUUGUAAAUAAUGAAUUAGAGGAAACAAGGGUUCAUCUUAUUGGUGGAUUUCAAAAUAUAUCACAGAUUCCCUUGAAAAAAGAAUUACAGGCCUUAACAGAUUACUGGAAUUUUAAAUGUACAUUAUAUAUAUCACAAUUGCAUAGUAAUGCUUAUGAUCUUCAUGGUAUAAAUAUACAAUCUGGUAGAUUAAGUAACACAUCAGUUUCUGAAGUACUUAAAAAUUGUAUUGCCAACACAACAUUAAUUUUAAUAUGUGGUAAUCAAGAAUUUAACAAUUCUGUUAAACAAUGGACAGUAAGUAUGAAUUGUAUGCAUAUAUAUGUAUUUGAAUAAUAAGUUAAAAAAAUAUUGCAUUGGAUAAUUUUUAAUGUUUUAAUUUUCCUAUUUAAUGCAACAUGAUAUGCUUUCUUGGCAAUUAGGGCAUGUACCAUGUAUAUGAUCAAAUACAAUAUGAUUACCAGCAACUGCUUGUAGCCACUAAAAAGUGAAAUAAAUAUUGGUUAAUAUUG